UGGGUGUCUGUCCCUCCAUGUCCCCCUCAAACACUGGGCAGUGGCACUGGCUGUCCCAGAUGGGGCUGAGUGUGGCUUCUACUCAGCUUUCUGAUUUCUUUCUUGCCUGUCUUCGAGCUUGUCUUCUAAACCCUGCCACUGAGCUGGAAGGGGGUACUGGGGGUGGAGAGGGGGCUGUUUUCCUCGUGGAUUUAAGAUGCUUCUCUUUCAGACCCCACAAAACUCGAGUACUUGGUGGGUGGGCAAUGAGUUGAAUUCAUAAAAUGUUGGUUAAGUUUUCCAACCCUGCAACUAAACCCCUUCCAAGUGCAGAAAAAGCAGCCUUGAGGCGGUGCUGGGAGGUGUUAGCCUUGCUGCAAACCCCAGUAACAGCAGCUCGUGGGUGCCAGGGAUGGGAUAGGAUAGGAUGGGAUGGGACAGGAUAGUGGGGAGGGGGUGUCCCCACAGGGGGCCCAGACCUGGUGUGGGCUGCCCUGGGGCACAGGUCUGUCGCUGGAGAGCCUGCUGACCAACAUGAGGUGCAAGUGCAUCAAAUCCACCGCCCACGUCAUCAACCUGGGGCUGAUCCUCACCAUCGAUGUUACCCUACCUGGCAUUCACUGCAGGAGGAAGGAGGUCAUCCUCACCCUGAAGAAGAACAGGAAGGUGUGUGUGGCCCCCGAGGCGCCCUGGAUCCAGCUGCUCAUCCACAAGCUGACACAGAGGAGCGGCCCCCAGAAAGCACGGCCACGGCGGGAAGCAGCGUGCUGCCCUUGGAGAAACCGCACCCUGUCCCUGCCACUGCCCACGGCCAAGGAGGCCAUGGUCACGAAUUCCUCGUGGGACAGCAAUGGCACAGCCCCCCUGCCCUGAGACACUGGGUUUGGUGGCACCACGCUGGCACUUCUCUGCUCCCUGGCUUUAGCAGGAGCCUUUCUCUGCUUCCCCCAGCCAAGGCUUUCCCCUCAGGCACCUGCUGUUUGCCUGCGCGGUCCCCCAUGCCCAUCCUGGGUGUCACCAAUAAAAGGAUGAAUGUG